AGGGGGGCAGCUGUGGGCAGGGAGCCGCGCUCGGCCGCCAGCACUAAAGAUGGAGAGGCGCCGGGGCCUCGCAGGGGAGGGGGCUCGGCGUUGACGUGGGACGCGGCGGAGGCGCCGCAGCCGGUGGUGAUUUGCUAACCUCGCAGCAGAGAGGAGUUAAGGGCGAUGAGAGCGGGUACUGCGAACUGCCGGGCUAUGCCGCCGCCGUAAUACCGAGAGCAACAGUUCCACCACAACACCCCUCCCAGACACAGACACACACACACCCCCACAGGCACGCACACCCACCCCAGAGCGCACGGCUCAGCAGCGGCCCUUCUUCUUUAGCGGACCUAGCAAGGCCCCCUUGCCCUACCGCACAGAGACCAGAAGGAAAGACAGCCUCAUGCCUGAGCCCCGGACAGUGCCAUGGAUCUGACAAAGAUGGGCAUGAUCCAGUUGCAGAACCCCAGCCACCCCACGGGGCUGCUGUGCAAAGCCAACCAGAUGCGGUUGGCAGGGACCCUGUGUGACGUGGUCAUCAUGGUGGACAGUCAAGAGUUCCACGCUCACCGCACAGUCCUGGCCUGCACGAGCAAGAUGUUCGAGAUCCUCUUUCACCGAAACAGCCAGCACUACACCUUGGACUUUCUGUCGCCAAAGACCUUCCAGCAGAUCCUGGAAUAUGCCUACACGGCCACUCUCCAAGCUAAGGCUGAGGACCUGGAUGACCUGCUCUAUGCGGCCGAGAUCCUGGAGAUCGAGUACUUGGAAGAGCAGUGUCUGAAGAUCCUGGAGACCAUCCAGGCAUCGGACGACAACGACACAGAGACCGCCAUGGCAGAUGGUGGCGCCGAGGAGGAGGACGACCGAAAGGCGAGGUACCUCAAGAAUAUCUUUAUCUCAAAGCAUUCCAUCGAGGACAGCGGGUAUGCCGGGGUGGCCGGGCAGCACCUCCCAGGAGCCUUGGCAGAGCAGAACCCCUCCGUGUCCACCUCUUUUGGCCUCGCGGCCAUGAGCCCCACGAAGGCCGCCGUGGACAGCCUGAUGAGCAUCGGGCAGUCUCUCCUGCAGGGAGCCCUGCAGCCUCCCGGGGUCCCCGACGAUCCCGGCCUGGCCAGCGUCGGGCGGCACCCUGGAGUGGCUGAGGUAAAGACCGAGAUGAUGCAGGUCGAUGAAGCUCCCGGUCAGGACAGCCCAGGGGCAGCCGAGUCCAGUACCUCGGGCGGUGGCGGGGACAAGGCUGAGGAGAGGAGCAAGGAUGGCCCCGGGACACCGACCAGGAGCAGCGUCAUCACCAGCGCCCGGGAGCUGCACUACGGCCGGGAGGAGAGCACCGAGCAGCUGGCGCUCCCCGCCGAAGCCAGCCAGGGCCCCCCCGGCCGGCCCGAGCACUCCGUGGCCUCGGCCGAGAAGCACCUGGGCAUCUAUUCUGUUCUUCCCAAUCACAAGGCGGACUCGGUGCUGAGCAUGCCAUCUUCCAUGACCUCGACCCUGCACAUGCAGCCGGCCGCCCUGGCUGUCUCCAUGGACUUUAGCACCUACGGCGGGCUGCUGCCACAGGGCUUCAUCCAGAGGGAGCUCUUUAGCAAACUGGGCGAGUUGGCCGUGGGCAUGAAGACUGAGAACCGGGCCAUGGGGGAGCAGUGCAGCGUCUGUGGGGCUGAACUUCCAGAUAAUGACGCUGUGGAACAGCACAGGAAGCUACACAGCGGGAUGAAGACGUAUGGGUGUGAGCUGUGUGGAAAGAGGUUUCUAGAUAGUUUACGACUGAGAAUGCACUUACUGGCUCAUUCAGCUGGUGCCAAAGCCUUCGUCUGUGAUCAGUGUGGUGCCCAGUUCUCCAAGGAAGAUGCACUGGAGACACACCGACAAACACACACAGGCACUGAUAUGGCCGUCUUCUGUCUACUGUGUGGGAAGCGCUUCCAGACUCAGAGUGCUCUCCAGCAGCACAUGGAGGUCCAUGCAGGUGUACGCAGCUACAUCUGCAGUGAGUGUAACCGCACCUUCCCCAGCCACACGGCUCUCAAGCGCCACCUUCGCUCACACACAGGUGACCAUCCUUACGAAUGCGAAUUCUGUGGCAGCUGUUUCCGGGAUGAGAGUACACUCAAGAGCCAUAAGCGUAUCCACACAGGGGAAAAACCCUACGAGUGCAACGGCUGUGGAAAGAAGUUUAGCCUCAAGCACCAGCUGGAGACCCAUUAUAGAGUGCAUACAGGUGAGAAGCCCUUUGAGUGCAAGCUCUGUCACCAGCGUUCCCGGGACUACUCGGCUAUGAUUAAACACCUGAGAACACACAAUGGAGCCUCCCCCUACCAGUGUACCAUCUGCACCGAAUACUGCCCCAGCCUCUCAUCCAUGCAGAAGCACAUGAAGGGCCACAAGCCUGAGGAGAUCCCACCUGACUGGAGGAUUGAGAAGACUUACCUUUACCUGUGUUACGUGUGAAGGGGGCUUGCAGGGGAGGAGGAAGAGGAGGAAGUGGAAGAAGGUUUUAAGAGAGAGAGAAAGAGAGAGAUGAAAUCAUUGAAGGACUAUGUACACACACACACACACACACACAGGGAAAGAAGAAACAGAGGACUGGGUUAUAACUAUAUUUGAUCUUGAUGUCUAUAUAAGAUUCUCUCUUGGGGCUCAUGCCAGGGGGCUAGGUGCCCCAGAUCACAGGUGUGCCCCAUUCUGGGACAGUCUAAGUAAUUUUCAUGGGGGGGGGGGGUGAGUGUUUUAUUCUGCUUUGAUGGUGUUUUUGUGUUCUUCCCUGUCACCCUUGCCUUGAAUCCUUCUUCCUCUGACCAGGAGCCAGGUUUAGUGGGAGUGGGAUACAUCUGAACAGAACUAGGCAGGCUUAUUGAUCUCUAUAUAACCACUGUCUUAACUCCCCUCAGACAGUGGUUGCAGGGUAGGAGGGUUUCAAAUCUGGAGUUGGGGGUGUCAAGGGAGACAGUAUAGAUGGAGUUUGUCAUCUGCUGUAAAAUAACAAUGCUAGUUGGCUAGGGUCCUGCUGCUUCCCCCAGAAAACACAAAUCUCUCUCUUUUUUUCUCUCUAUCUCUAUCUCUCUGUCUCUCCCUCCUUCCCUUCAUCUCUCUCUCUCUCUCUUUCUCUCUCUCAUAUCUUAGCCUUUUUCUUCUCUCUCCUUAUAUUUAGUAGUCCUCUAUUCUUGAUAAGAACUUGUCUCCUACCUUCCCUCCCACCCACACUGCCAUGUCCAGGUUCCAGUACCCAAAGCCUCUAGAAGGCCCCUUAUAUAUUGAGCCUUCCAUUGGUAAAAUGGCACCCUCUCUAUCCAGUUCUUUUAAGAACUGUCUCUGACACAAAGUUCAGGCCUUUCCCCACCCACUUCUCCAUAUUGCUUCCUCGAAACAAGAAAUAAAACAGCAGGCUACUCCAACCCCAAUCUGCUGUCACUUUAGCCCUUGCCUCUGGAAAUGGGGUCAGGGAAGGAAACAAGAAGACACACAUAGAAUCUUACAACCAAUUUUUUGGGGGGAAGGGACACACAGCUCAGUUGAAGAACAAAUAUUAAGCGCCUGCUAUGUGCAAGACAUAGUGCUAGGCACUAGAUAUAACAAAGAUAAAGAAGAUGAUCCCUGCCUUCAAAGAGCUUACAAUCUCUACAGAAAGGGAAAUAUUUAGUGGACAUCCCUACUCCACCCCCAAGCCUAGGGUGCCUCCACUCCCGGAGGAGGAUGAUGGUGGGUGGGUCUUAUGGUCUCCUAGAAUUUGCAGGAAGGCAGAGGAACAGCUCUCCAGGUGUUUGGGAGCAGUUCCCAAGAUCCACCAGGAAGGACAAUACUGGGGUACAAAAGCCCUGGGCCUCAUUGUUAGAUGAUCUUGGCCUGCUUCCCCUACCUGCUGUACCCCUGAAUCUGCCAAGGAAUAGAAGAGGGGAAGAGGAGGCUUUUUAGUCUCAAGUUGCAUUUUGCUUCUUUUCAUGCCCCCCACCCCCACCCCCAUUCUCUUUCUCUCUGCGUUUAGCACAUUGUACUUGAAUUACCUCAGUUUUUUGUGACCUCAUGAGCUUUUCCCCCAUGUAUGUGUGGAUUUGUUUUUUUUUGUUAUUGUUAUUGUUUUUGUUUUUAAGGGGCCUGCAGGGGUGGUCUUUUUCUUGUGUAAAGCUAUAAUUGUUUUUACCAA